AUGAGUGCCACGUCUGCCGCGGAGAAAUUGCACCCGCAGGCGCCCGCGAUGGUCCACACGACAAGUGAGCCACUACUGGCACCAGGUUCUAAUGCGCGCCCUUCUGGCUCUCGCCACCGGCGCAGCAACAGCUUCCUGGUAGUGAAGCAUAUGCAGGAGACACCAGACGAGGAAGUCGACCAGUCCGUGAGCCCCAACGUGAAUGCUGAAUGGGUGAACAUGAAGGGUGCCUGGGUGAUCCAUGUCGUACUCGUGGUUCUCGCCAAGCUGAUCAUCAACGAGAUUCCUGGCAUUUCCGACUCGAUCAAGUGGACCAUCAUCAACUUAGGCUACAUGAUGGUGCGUUACACACACUCACAGCAGGUCUCCUAUGUGAUUUUCCACUACGUCAAGGGCGCACCACUCGACCUUAACAGUGGCGCCUACGACGAGCUCACCCUGUGGGAGCAGAUCGACCAGGGAUUCCAAUAUACACCGGCCAAGAAAUAUCUCACGAGUCUGCCGAUUGCUCUCUUUCUGCUGUCGACACACUACUCUCACUAUAAUCCAUGGCUAUUCACUCUGAACCUCGCGGCGCUACUGUUUGUUCUCUUCCCAAAACUUCCGAUAGUACGUGGCCGCCACUGA